AUGCCGUCUACCACGAGCGCCGCCGACGUUCGCUAUGGUUUCAAUCGGAGCCAGUACACCCCGACACAACAGCUCGAGCACGUUGUCACGUCGACACCGCAUCAUACGCGUCAAAGCAACCACGUCCUGGAAGCGUCCACGACCCACCACUUCGACGCUGCCCACGAAUAUGACGAGCUCGACACGAACGACGCGGGCAGCAGCCUCCUGGACACCAUGACAGACAACCACCACCUGAUGCAACACUCGCCACCUUUUCCGUCAUGCCGCCGCCAUCCGCACCGGUCGCUCGGUCCGUCAACGUACACCAACGACGGCCCAGCGUCUGCCAACAACCCGACUGCGAAUGGCAAGGAGCUGGCCAGCCCCGAUUCGGCGAUGUUGCUUCGAGUGACAAUCCUGGACUGUUCCACAAUGUGA